AUGGUGAGUGAGCAGAGAAUACCAGAGGAGACUCUACAGGAGUCAAAGGUGGCAGCUUUGGAGAAUAGUGGCACAAUGAGUGGACCCCUCGUCGGAGCCGCCGCGGGAACUCGCCGGCGCCGGAGGACUGAGGCGAUGCAGUUGAUUCUGAGGGUGUUAUGCAUGUGUAGCUCGGUGGUUUCGCUCUCAUUCAUGGUGACAGCCAAGGAAGCUAGCUCAGUCUCCAUCUAUGGCUUUCUCUUACCUAUUCACUCCAAAUGGUCUCUCUCUGAGUCAUACGAAUGUCUUGUUGGAGUUUCUGUUGCUGUUGUAGCUCACUCCUUGCUACAACUACUCAUUGGCACAUCAAGAUUUCUUAGGAUGUCUUCUGUGAUUCCCUCCAGAAAUUAUGCAUGGCUUAUUUUUGCUGGGGAUCAGGCAUUUGCUUAUGCAUUGAUGAGUGCUGGAUCUGCUUCAUCUGGGGUGACCAAUCUGAAUCGCACUGGAAUUAGACAUACAGCUCUACCAAAUUUUUGCAAGCCUUUGCAAAAGUUUUGUGAUCACGUUGCCAUCUCAAUAGCCUUCACUUUCAUAAGCUGUUUUUUGCUGGCUACAUCUGCUGUUCAAGAUGUAAUAUGGCUCUCCAAGCACUGA